CUUUACUAGAAAUUUAAUUUUAUACGUGUUUCUCUUAAUUUAUAGAUUUUCAGCUUUCAAAGAAAUGUAAAGGACAAAUAGUUUCUGUAAACUGCAACUCCAGCUUUGGUUUUUGUCAGAAGAAACAAAAGAAACAGCAGAGCCAAAUGUGUGGGUUUCAGCCUUUCAGUUCGCAGCACACCCCCUCGUCUCUUUACUCUGACUCCUCACGAUACCUUUUCCCUGCAUUUUGGCCAACCUUUCCUUGUGGUGUUCUCAAUCAUGGAUCUCUUCUCUUGACACUUCUCUCCACUGAGGUUGGAGCUAAGUAUUGAUUUGUUCUUCAGUAUCAAUGAAAUUGCAACCAAAACAUGGUUGGCACACUAUUAUGCCUCUUCGACGCCGAGGCAAUUCCGGUACUCAAUUUUGUAUGUUUCCGAAAGCAAAGUCGGCAGGCUGUAGUCCUGGCAAUGCUCCUGUCUACCUUAAUGUGUAUGACUUAACAAAUGUCAAUGGUUAUGUCUAUUGGGCAGGUCUUGGUAUCUUUCACACUGGGGUUGAAGUUCAAGGUGUAGAGUAUGCCUUUGGAGCUCAUGACUACCCAACUAGUGGUGUAUUUGAGGUUGAACCUCGACAGUGCCCCGGCUUCAAGUUUAGGAAAUCAAUUUUCAUGGGAACAACAUGCUUGGAUCCUGUCCAGCUGAGAGAAUUUGUGGAACACCAAUCUGCAAGUUACAAUGGUGACUCGUAUAACUUGAUUUAUAAGAACUGCAACCAUUUCUGUGAAGAUAUAUGUUACAAGCUGACAGGGAACCAUAUACCAAAGUGGGUGAAUCGACUUGCAAGAAUCGGUUCAUUGUGCAACUGCAUUCUUCCUGAGGCUCUUAAAGCGUCUGCAGUGCGCCACGACCCCAACUUCCGACCUGACAGUGAAAAGAAGAGGCUAAGAAGUGCUUUCAGUUGCUUAUCCUCAAUCUCAAUGCCUCAAAAGGAAGUGUCAAUGUCUUCCCUCUUUUUGCACUCUCAUUAUAAAGGCUGUCUACCGCCAUGGGAGUUAAAGAGAUCAAAAAGUAGCUCAUUGAAACAACAGUGAGUAACGCUAUUAUUGAAGCACUGGUGUCACUUGAAGGGGCAAAAUCUGUACAAGUUUUUUCUUUUUGAAUGUCAGCAAUGGAGUUUUUCUUUUUAUAUUUUAAUGACUCUGUUCUACUAACCGCAGCUUGGGAAGUUGAUUGGUUGUUGAUGUUAAUGUAAUACUGUCUGAUUGAUUCCGGUGUUCCGUAUUUUCCCUUGCUUUUAGGUGUUUUUACAGUUUCAUCAUUCAUUGUGUUUUACAAAACCUGAAAUUAAAAAACAUAUAUAUAUUCUUAUAAUUAGAUUUAAAUAAGAUAUUAGUUUUAUUAUUAAUAUGGGCUGUACCAGCUUUGUCCUGGCUCCAGCCAUCUCAAGCUUAUAAGACUGGACACGUAGCCUGAUGCAAAGAGUGGUCUAUUAAAUAUCCAGCCCAAUAGAUUGUGUAGGUAGCUCGGGUCUUGAGCAAAUCUAUGUCUCAUGCGUCUUAAGUGUAGGUCCUUGUGACGAUGGAAGAAAAUUUAUUGGGCUUUCUUUUCUUUCUUUCUUUUUAUUUUUUAUUUUAUCAUCAUGAUUUUGUAUAGAUUGAUUUGCAAAACUAUUUAUUUGCUAGUUACCGACUAUGAGAUUGUAACGGAGAACUGGGAAACAGAUAAACGCAGGGGACGAGCAUCUUCCACUUUGUUUUCCGCACGAAA